UGCCCAGGUGCGUCGCGCGCAGGCCGGGGCGCUCAGCAUCACGUGCCGUUUCCGCUGCGCUGCGGCCCAUGAGACGUGUUUCGCUCCACCACCGCCCAACGCACGCCCGCGCGACCUCAGCCCGCCCACGCCAAUCGACGGCGCUGCCCUCUCUCGAGCAUGGCGAUGCAGUCGACUGCAAGCCGGCGCACCUUCAGCGCCCUUGCCUCGAAGAUCCACCCGCAGCUGCCUCUUUCCCCGCGCGAGUCCCAGCAGCUGCUCAACCUCCUCACGACCUCCUUCAGAGCGCACCUCGACCGCGAACACCCCGUUCCUCUGCCCGAAGACACUCGUCUCGACCGGAAGCCUGCAGCGCCGAAGCUGCGGACGAAUGCCCCACCAAUCCGCGUCGACUCAUCCUACAGCUCGGCCGCGCACCACCUCGACUCUAUCCUGAGGAACCCUCUGCUUGCUACGAGACCGCAGCGGAGGGGCUCUGAGCCAGCCGCCGUUGAUGUGCUCAAGGAUCCGUUGGGCUGGUUCCUCGACCAGAUAGCGACGGGAGCCGCUAACAUACCAAAAGCGGACAUGUGCUUGGAGGUGCUGCAGAGGAUGGAGAGCGGAGCUGAGCCGGGAAGCUUAGCCAAAGCGGAGGACGAGCGAAAGCCGGGCGCUGUGAUCGCUGCAUGGUUACGCUCGAGCGGCCUCGACACCUCCAAGGAGUUCCUUGAUCCACCAGCACUGCCCAACGGGCCCCGCCGCAGACUCAUUAACAGAUUAGUGCCGCAGCUACUAUCUGAGGGUGAACAAGCUCCUCUCUGGCAUUGGUUCACCCGUUCUCCUGAGCAGCUGGCACAAAAGGCGGACUUGGACGCCCCUCGCAUCCAAGCUUUCAGGACGCAAGUCUUGGUGCAGAUGGUUUCCUCCUCGCAGACCUGCAGCCGAGACGAAGCUCUCGCCAUUUUCCUGCGGGCUUUCGACAUGAUGCAGGCAGGAGAAGGCGGGUUGACGAAAAAGAUUCUACAGCCGGCCGGUGCCUGCCUCGUCAACCACAUUGUUGCACAGCCUCAGAUGUGGAGUACGCCUGCACUCUACGAGUCGUUCUUGCGGUCCUCGCAGGACUGGCUCGGUGCGUGGAGCAGAGUUGUCCAAUCGAUGCUCUACUUGUACCAUCCCACGAAACCUACCGCUCAUCCAGGUUUUUCUCUCAUUCAAAGUCCAGGGGCUUUGCUCUACGCCGCCUCUAGCACGAGCAGACGACAAUUUUUGGUGCGGCUAUGCUUGGGAGUCGCCCAUGAACUUCUUGCGGAGGAGAAAUUUGACCAAGCGCAAAUUGCCAUGGAUUUCACUAGAGACCACUUUGCCGACAUCGUUCUAUCUAGGGUACCGAUUGACGACCGCCAGGCUGCCACCCGUGCAAGGGCGCAAAAAGAAAAGGAGAAUCUUGAAAUGUUGGAUCGUCUUUUGCCGACAUGAAUGGACGGACUGGAUACUCCCGUAUCCUUGCGAAUCAUAUCGAAUAUCCCAUCUGGCCAGUUUGACAGCCGAUCUGAAGCGGACGAGGUGUUGACCGCAGUGCAAGAUCGACAAAAUAAUCGGAGAGUCAUUGGUCGAAACUUGCUUGAUUCUGACGACGAAGGGGAAUCACCAGGACAAACGCCUUGUCAUGA